GAGCCAUCAGACAUACGCACUGUUACAGCAGGAGAAGCAGAGAGAGACGGAGACUUGUUUUCUGUGUUCAGGCUCAGCAUAUGAUGAGCAAUCAGGUGGAAAAACAAACAAGGCCAUCGAAAGCUGCGUCCACACCGACUGAUUGGAAUUAACUCUUACAUUUCAUCGGGAAUUUCAUUCACGCUUCUACAAGGGGAUCCUUCUGCUGAGGAUUACUUUACACUGAAGAAUUCUGUCAAAAACUCACACCUCUUAUGGGAAAAUAGAGAGGCAGACAGACGCACCAAAGGAGAAAAAAAGUUUCACUUCAUCUUCUCUCCUGUGCGUAAAAAAACACUCACCUUGACUGUGACAUCGCGGAAAGCUUUUAACACUUUCUCCAUGAUUGUUUGAGUCUGGCUGCACGGACCUGUGGAGCUUUCACUGCUUGUUGAGGGGCUGUCAACACAAUGGGACGCCUGUGUCUGCUCCUGGUUGUCAGUCUGUCCAUGCUCACCUGCCAGGUUCUGUGCUCUGGAGUGUUCGAGCUGAAGCUGCAGGAGUUUCUCAACAAGAAGGGGAUCCAGGGGAACGCCAACUGCUGCCCGGGAGGCUCCGCUCAUCCGCAGGGCCACCAGCAGUGCGAGUGCAAGACUUUCUUUCGGGUCUGUCUGAAGCAUUAUCAGGCCAACGUCUCUCCCGAGCCUCCAUGCACCUACGGCGGGGCUGUGACUCCCGUCCUGGGAUCCAACUCCUUCCAGGUGCCGGAGACCAACGCGGAGAGCUUCACCAACCCAAUCCGAUUUGCCUUCGGCUUCACAUGGCCAGGGACGUUUUCACUGAUCAUUGAAGCUCUGCACACUGACUCCCUGGACGACCUGGCAACAGACAACCCAGAGCGUCUGAUCAGCAGGAUCACCACUCAGCGUCACCUUACUGUGGGAGAAGAGUGGUCCAAAGACAUGCAGACAUCAGGCAGGACGGAGCUGCGCUACUCUUAUCGCUUCCUGUGUGAUGAACACUAUUACGGCGACGGCUGCUCCGUCUUCUGCCGACCCAGAGAUGAUGCUUUUGGACACUUCACCUGCGGCGAGCGUGGAGAGAUUAUAUGCAACUCUGGCUGGAAGGGACAGUACUGCACAGAACCAAUCUGCCUCCCUGGAUGUGAUGAAGAACAUGGCUUCUGUGAUAAACCAGGAGAGUGCAAGUGUCGUGUGGGCUUCAGUGGACGUUACUGUGAUGACUGCAUCCGUUACCCGGGCUGCCUCCAUGGUACCUGCCAACAACCUUGGCAAUGCAACUGCCAGGAGGGUUGGGGUGGGCUCUUCUGUAACCAGGAUCUGAACUACUGUACACACCACAAACCCUGCCUUAAUGGAGCCACCUGCACCAACACUGGUCAGGGCAGCUACACUUGUUCCUGCCUGCCUGGAUACACAGGAGCCAGCUGUGAGAUCCAGGUCAAUGAAUGUUCUGGAAGUCCUUGUCGCAAUGGAGGCAGCUGCACUGACAAUGACAGUGGCUAUAAGUGCACCUGUCCACCUGGUUUCUAUGGCAACAACUGCGAGUUAAGUGCCAAUACCUGUGCAGAUGGGCCUUGCUUCAACAGUGGCCGUUGUGUUGACAACCCUGAAGGUGGCUACUUCUGCCAGUGCCCGAUGGGAUAUGCCGGCUUCAACUGCGAGAAGAAAAUCGACCACUGCUCCUCCAACCCAUGUCUAAAUGAUGCAGAAUGUGUGGAUCUGGUGAACUCCUAUCUCUGUCAGUGUCCUGAAGGGUUUUCAGGUCCUAACUGUGAGGACAGCAUCAGCAUCUCUGGAGACUGCCUGUCCUUCCCCUGUCAGAACGGUGGGACGUGCCAGGAGGGAGUCAAUGGCUACACCUGCACCUGCCCUCCAGGUUAUACAGGUAAAAACUGCAGCUCUCCCAUCUCCCGCUGCCAUCACAAUCCUUGCCACAAUGGGGCCACUUGCCAUGAACGAGGCAGUCGCUACGUGUGCGCCUGUGUGCCCGGCUACGGCGGUCACAACUGCCAGUUCCUCUUACCAGAUGUUCCCAGGGGCCAGCCGGUUGCGGACGGACCAGAUCGGCGAUAUUCCCCAGAAACUGGAAAUGUUGAGGACAAAGAGGAUGACGACAGCGGAUUUCCUUGGACUGCUGUAUGUGCCGGUGUCUUCCUUGUUCUUGUGAUCCUGAUCGGCUGCUCAGUGCUAGUGGUCUACGUUCGGGUCAAACUGCAGGAGCGACACAGUCACCAUGGCGACAGCGUCCACAGUGACAGCCGUGAGACCAUGAACAACCUGACAACCACCAACAACUGCCUUCGCAGUGACAAAGAACUGGGUGCUAUGAUGACAACGUCAAUUAAAAACACCAACAAGAAGGCAGAUUACCAUUCAGACCUUGCCGGGUCACUGGGUGGUUUGAGUGGAAUCAGUGGCCUCAACGGAUCAGAGAAGAAUGGCUUUAAAACUCGCUACCCCAGCGUGGAGUACAACCUGGUCCAUGAGCUCCGGCCUGAGGAGCUGUCACUGUGUAAAGAAGAGGACCGUGAUGAGCCGGAGGCCAAAUGUGAAAUGCUGGAUGAGUCUGACUCAGAGGAAACAUACAGAAAGAGACAUAACAGUGGUGCAUCAGAAAAGAAAGCAGCGGCAGAGUCACCAAGCUGCAGCGAAGCGAAAUAUCAGUCCUCCACUGAUUUGAACUGUCAUGCUGCGAGCGAUCUUAAAUACCAGUCGACUGGUGACAUCAAAUUCCAGUCAAGCAGUGAUGUGGAGUACAACAGUCCCAGUGACAGCCGGUACCAGUGUACCACCGACACCAAAUACCAGUCCGUCUAUGUCAUAUCGGACCAGAAGGAUGAAUGUAUCAUCGCUACAGAGGUAUGAUACCAGUCGAGACCGGACCAGACCAGGUUCUCUGGUUGAUGGCGGUCCAGUCACACCAGCCCUGAGCAGUAGAGCUCAACUUGUCUCCAGGAGGUUUUACUCCUGCUGUUUGCUGCUGUUCCCUGGGAUUUACCAGAGGACUUUGAGCCAAGGCGCUGAUGAGCUAGCGCAGUCAGUACUGACUUGGCAAGGACUAAGUACUACAGUAGUACUACGGGUGAAUUCUGGAUAUUUUUGACCUUCGAUGGAUGUAGGUCUAAUGCUGACUCAGUGCUGUGGAUGAAGCGCCAGAAGACAGUACCGGCACUCGUACAGACUUUGUACAGACACAGGCUGCUGGAGAACUGAUGAAGAGCUUGUAGAUUUACUGCUCGAACCAGGAUGAACUUCUCUCCCCUGAUUGACUUGGAUGUUGACCGAUGAAUUUGUAGUACCAUAGCGUACUGAUUGAAUGAACAGUGUAGUACCUUUGGAGUACUGAGAACUUUUGAAGUACUGUUGUAGUACUGUUAUGUGCUGUGGUUUUACAAUGCAGUGUAAAAUCUGACAUGGAUGUUGAGGAGUUCAUGUUCUGUGCAGUGCUGCAGAGUGGAGGGUGAAGCUGUAGCAACAUUAGAAGUCCCAGUGCUGCUGUGUUCAUUCUUAAGAAUUCAUUCUAUAAAUCUUAAUCGGGGCUUUCUUCACAACACUAAGAAAGAAAAAGAAACAGUGGGACUUCUGCUGCAGCCGAGCAUCUUUAACUCUGCAGCACUGCCAGAGAAAGCGUUGGCUGAGCUGGUUCUCAGCAGAAGAUAGAGAACUGAAGACUCCAGUAGUGACUGCAGAUCGAUCCAACAUGGAUUCUGUUGGGCCAUACUGGCCUCUGACCCCUGAAGGUUGUGAUACACAGGGCAACGUUUGGGUAGGGCAACUUAGGAAACACUUUCAGCAUUAGAGAACAAUUGAGGUGAAGCAAAUCAAGCAAAACACAUGACGUUUAAUUCAUCUGUGAUUUCUGUUGUUGAACUUAAUCUGCUGCAUAUCCAUUUACAGAAAAGUUUCCUGGAAUCAGUGUAAUUAGGGUCACAUCAAUCUUGCAGCUACUCAACACUGACAGUUUGGCCUUUUUUUCCCCCGACCUCUAAAGAUGCUGUUGUUGUUCCAAGUAGGCCAAGUUAUAAAGGACUAGUCUUAACUGCCAAGACCUCAUUGCACUAUGGAGGUGUGUGUGUGCACGUGUGUGUGUGUGUGUGAGUGUGUGUACACAAGAGGUAAUGCCUGUGUAUGGUGUCAAUGUAUGCACUGCCCACUCCCACUCCCCUCACUCCCAGUCUUCCACUAUUAGCCAAGUCAAGGACACCGUCAACCCGCCUGCCGCUGGUUAGGAUCAUUGGUUUUUUAUUUUAUUUGUUAUCUAAAGAAAGAUGUAUUCUUUUAAUUUAAUUAUGUAAUUAUUUGUGCUCCAUUUGGUCGUGAUGUUUUUUUUGUUAAACCUGUUAUAAUUUAAGUUGGAUUGUUUUUAUUUGGCAGAUAAUGUAUGUAUGUAUGUAUGCAUGUAUGUGUUAGGCACUUGAGACCACUGUGACUGUGUUGUAUUUAAGAGAAAAGUCGUAUGUACAGAGCCUGUCAUUUUUAUUACUGGAAAAAAAAAACACAAUAUUUUUCCAAAAUAAAAGAGGAUUGAAAUAUAGCACAA